UCUAAACCUAAUUUCCCGUAGCCCCGCGACGACAUUUUAAAUAUGAUGGGUCCGUUUCAGUCCGCAGGUUUAUAUUUGGAGUCAUGGUAUCUUAGUAAAUAGUUGAGCCUCAAGUGUAUAUAUGUAAGUGGCUAUGUGCUGCCAAUCCUACGCAUCCCUGGGGACGAAAGCGUCAUUGACGACACUGGCUGCAAGACUUGGAACUAGAAGCUAUACGACAUCCUCACGUCUCUUGAACUGCGGAGCCUUGUAUAACAAAUACCAGCUUCCCUUCCGCCCCUCCCUCCUCCCAGCGCCAGUUCAAAAAUAUACACCUGCAGCCUCCUCCUCCUCCUCUUCCUCCUCCUUCUCUACCCCCUUCCCCCUUUUCCAGCAAGCAACGUUUACAACCACUCGCCCCGCCAGCAUGAAAGCCCUCGUCUACAAAAGCGCCGGCGUCGUCGGCAUCGAAGAGCGUCCCAACCCAACGAUCCAAAGCCCCACAGACGCCAUCGUGAAACUCACCCACACCACCAUCUGCGGCACAGACCUGCACAUCAUCAAGGGGGACGUACCCACCGCCCAGCCCGGCCGCGUGCUGGGCCAUGAAGGCGUCGGCGUGGUUCAGGAAGUCGGCUCGAGCGUCCAGGGCUUCGUGUGCGGAGACGCCGUGCUCAUCUCGUGCAUUACGGCGUGCGGUGCGUGCCCGGCGUGCCGCAAGGGGAUGUCGUCGCACUGCGUGUCGGGCGGGUGGAUUCUAGGCAAUAAGAUCGACGGCACGCAGGCGGAGUACGUGCGCAUCCCGCAUGCGGCGUCUUCGCUGCACAAGCUCCCCAAGACGGUUGACCUGCAGGCUGCGGUCAUGCUGUCCGAUGCGCUGCCGACAGCCAUGGAGUGUGGGACGCUGAAUGGCAAAGUUCAGCCGGGAAGCACGGUCGCUGUUAUCGGGGCCGGAGCGGUGGGCAUGUCCGUGAUGAUGACGGCGAUGCUGUAUUCGCCGGCGCUGCUUGUGAUGGUGGAUGUGGAUGAUGGGAGAUUGGCGAUGGCGAAGAAUCUCGGGGCACACGAGACGGUUAAUAGUAAGGAUUCCAAGCAGGCUGUGGACAGCUUGUUGAAGAUGACCGAUGGGCAGGGGUUUGAUGCCGUCAUUGAGGCUGUGGGUAUCCCUCACACUUUCCACCUGUGUCAGGAACUUGUUGCGCCUGGGGGUGUUAUUGCAAAUGUGGGCGUGCAUGGGACGAAGGUUGAAUUGUCUUUGGAUAAGCUAUGGGAUCGGAAUAUCUGUAUCACCACACGGCUUGUGGACGCGGUCACGACUCCAAUGCUACUGAAGCUUUUCCAAGCCGGCAGACUGGAUACCUCCAAGCUCACAACGCACCGCUUCUCGUUCAAGGAAUGCGAAGAGGCAUACAAAGUCUUUGGCGCUGCGGCACAACACAACGCUCUGAAGGUGUUGCUAAGUAUGUGAGAAGAAAAAGAGGAGAAGAGGAAAAAAUAAACAAAUCGAGGAGGAAGAAGGGCUUUCUUUGGGCAAUUUCACUCUUCUGCGUCUUGAGAUUUGAGUGUUGAAAACAUCAUAUGCAUUGUAAAAUAUUUUCCAAAUGGUUCAGAGGCAGGUCGGAUAUCAUGAUUUGUAUGUGGUUGUGGUGAUUUGACAACUUGGGGCAUUUUCUUUCAUAUUCAUGUCAUGUCAUGGAGUAAGAUGUCGUCUGCAGCGCUCAAUAACAAUGGAGCGAUGUAGUGUGGUGCUCUACAUGUGCUUUAAGGUCUGCUUGGAGAAGUAUAUAGUGUAUCUAGAUUUUUCUUUGCUAGUUAAUGUCAAAAUUCGCUGCUCGUAGCCCGAUCACCUGACCUUGGCCAGGAGGAAGAAACCGUAGAUUCUUUAUUAUCACUGAUAUUUAAAUAUAGCAUCU